GAAUAUGAUUCGAUACAAAAUUUUAUUAAAGAAAAUACGAUUGCGUGGAUGUCGUGAAGUGCCAGUUGCAAAUCGACGUCUUUUAUUGGUCAACAUAGCCCCGUUUCUUACCAAGAAUCAAUAAACAAAAUAUUAUAUACAUAAAAACAAAUAAUGAAAGAUCAUUGUCCAAAGAUAAUUAAGAUGACCUGGACACAUCCAUAAUUUAAGUAGCCUAUUUUAAUAUUCAAAAAUUCGUAUAUCUAGAUGAACUGCUUGCAAGAUUAUGAACCAUGUGUAUCCGUGGUUUAAAUUACUUACAAAUAAUUCGAAAACAGCAACGUAAUAAAAUCAGACCAAAUACAAACUGCAAAAGAAGAGAGGAAUAUUAUAUUAACGGUCAUUCCGAAAGCUGUCUAAUAACCAUUACUACCGCUGUAAAAGUAAAACGACUAUAAUGUCUAACGCUCAGGAACUGUUUCCUAUUAUAUAAUUGAUGUUUUAAUAAUACUAAGUUCACAAUAUGUUGCAGCUCGAUUGGACAGUCUGGAGUUUAAUGAAUUUGCUUUGUGCUUUUUAAAAUAUGAUGUCACUUCAAAACGUUCCCUCAGCUGGUAUUUGCUUUCGCUAGUUAAUGUUUAAAUGCCAGCCAAUAGGGUGAAUGAGGGUUUUCGUCGAACCAAUGGAAAGACUGGAUUGUGAAACACAACUGUGGGGUACAGGGUGUCGGGGAGAACGCUAUCCCGUGCAGAGCCAUCUGACCCACAGAGCCAAAUCCGCCUGCCAAACUUUCACUGGCGUCUCCGACCCGCAGAUGGAUGGGUCUGUCAGCGUUGCCAAAAAUCCGUUCUGUACUUUCAGACAAAUAACUCGAAAUUGAUCUCAAUUAAGAGAGCAAGGUCCCCGACGAGUGAACGCCGAGAAGCGCUGGUAGCGGACGGGGAGUAAGGAUGGAGCCGACCCCGAGCAGCAGCCCCAGCGACCCCAGCCAGGCCCCCCAAGCCGCCCAGCACGAACCCAUCAGCUUCGGCAUUGACCAGAUACUGAGUGGUUCUGACCCAGAGAGUUCUCAGCAGAACGGCACCAAGAACAUUUCGGAUACCGGCGGCAGUUACCAUCUGGGCAGCCCUACCGGAGCCAGCACGGCACCUUACACAGCGCUCGCCGCUUCUUAUCACGGCAUUACUGCAUCUUUGGAGGACUCCGGCUCUUACAGCGUGAACCUAACUCUCGCCCCCGGUGGUGUAAUCCGUGUCCCGGCACACAGACCGAUGGCCGCUGCGGUUCCACCGCCUAUGACCAGUGCGGUUCCUGGUUUCGGCAGCCUCAGUUUUCCGUGGAUGGAGAGCAGUCAUAGAUUCGCCAAGGAGAAGUUUGCAGCGGCCCUAACCCCGUUCGCCGUGUCACGGAGGAUCGGCCACCCAUAUCAGAAUCGCACGCCACCCAAGCGAAAGAAGCCGCGCACAUCCUUCUCGCGCGUGCAGAUCUGUGAGCUGGAGAAGCGCUUCCACCGGCAGAAAUACCUGGCCAGCGCGGAGCGGGCCGCUCUGGCCAAGACGCUCAAGAUGACGGACGCCCAGGUCAAAACCUGGUUCCAGAACCGCAGGACCAAGUGGAGGCGACAGACGGCGGAAGAGCGGGAGGCGGAGCGUCAGCAGGCCAAUCGCCUGAUGAUUCAGCUGCAGCAUGAUGCCUUCCAGAAGUCCCUCAGCGACUCUAUACCCCCUGACCCACUCUGUAUUCACAACUCCUCCCUCUUUGCCCUCCAGAACUUGCAGCCCUGGGCCGCUGAAGAGGGGAGCAAGCUGGGAGGCGUUACAGCGCUGGUAUGAGAGCAGGGUCGUGAGUCACAUGCACUGGUAGACACUUGGCCUGAUUUUUUUUUUUGCCGUUGUGGAUGGAUGAAUCAACUGACAACAGACUUGACUCCUUGUCCCCCUUCCUUUAUGUUCACCCCCCCCCCCCCCUGCGAUCAUGUUUAGUUCCAAAGUGGAGCAGAGGCUAAAAGAUCAAAAACAAUGAACUGAAAAAUGUAUUGUUUCAAAGCACAACAUUUGCACAAAUGGCUUCCCUUUCCCCCGCCCCCUGAAACAAAGGUGAAGCAGGACUUGGUGGAAGCAUCCCUGUCCUCAGCAGUCAGGACAGUCCUGCCUGAGGGUGAGAGUAGGAUCGCAGUGUCACUGAGAUUGUUUUUUUUUUUGACUAUGAGGAAGUUCACGUGACUAUGAACUUCCCCAAAAAACAGCCAAUAAAACAAAGGUCAGUGGCCAAAUGGGGCAUUCUGGAAUCCUGCACAGACAGUCCUUCUGUUUCUUUCAGAACUUCAAUGUCUGCAGGGCACAUCCUAACAUCAUAUUGUUCAUUCUGUGGGGUGACGCUCUACUGAAGGUGUGUUGUUGGCAUUAAAUGUAUCAGAAGGAAGACAGUGACAAUGUUUACAUACUGUACUUGUGAGAAAAGCAUUGUGUUGUUCAUUGACAGGAAAAAUAUCCAUGCUACAAAAUCAUGUACUAUACUUUGUAUUUUACAAAUAUGUAAAUAUUUUUUCCGCAGGAAAUACAUCUGCUUUCUAUAUUGUGUCACAGUG